AUUGGAUCUAACGAAAUCUGACCGCUGAUUUUCUUUCAUUUUUUCUCUCGUCUUUGUCUUUUCAUCCAUUUUUCCAGGAGCUUCGAAGCUCAAAACAGAGCCACCAAAGAAAUGCACACAAGAAAAGGCAAACUCACAACCCAACUUCCAAAGCUAAACAAGUCCCAAAGACACUAUUUUUAGGGACAUGGAAGUAAUAAACAAACUUCUCAGAAAUUAGUGUUCUUCGAAUAUGCAUGGAUUGGCUCUGCCUCUGACACCACAUCCACAGCCACACACCCUCUUCUUCUUCAACCUCUCUUCGACUUCAAGAUCUCUGCUUUACCUACAAAACCGACCCAAAACUUCGAUACCCAUUUUCGGAAAAGCUGACUUGAACCUCCUCGUGUUCUCUUCUCGGUCUUCCACUCCAAGUUUCUCCAAUUUCAAUAGGAAAAGAGGGCGCUUUGUUACCCUUCUGAGAGCGAGCCGCAGAGAGUCUCCUUACCAAGUUUUGGGUGUGUCUCCUUCUGCAACUAACGAUGAGAUCAAAAGGGCUUAUCGGAAACUUGCUCUUAAGUAUCAUCCUGAUGUUAAUAAGGAGGCAAAUGCCCAGGAGAAAUUUAUGAGGAUUAAACAUGCCUAUAAUACAUUGUUGAGUUCUAAAUCUCGGGGAAAAUAUGACUCGAAUUUCGGAUCUGACUAUUCCUAUUCUUCUUCUCAAAGAAGCCAAAGUAAGAACUCUCAAGAUGAAGAAGAGUUUUAUGGAUUCGGUAAUUUUUUGAGGGAUGUUCAAAUAACAAUAGAGGACUUCUUUAAAGACCUUCAAGAAGAAUUCCAGAACUGGGAAGCAAGCGCUUCUUCACAAGGAAAACCGAAGAGUCUAUGGGAGGAAUUGGGCGAGAUUGGAGAAGAAUUUGUGGAAUUUCUUGAGAAAGAACUCAACAUAACGGAUCCAGAAGUUGAAGAAAAUAACAAUAAGGAAGGCAAUCCUUUCAGAAGUUCUGGGACACAGAGAACUGGAAGUGGUAAUCAAAAUGAAGCCGGUAAGGGGAGCAGCAUCGAGGAGAAUAUUGACGAGAUAGAAGCUACUCUUGCCCAGUUAAAAAAGGAAUUGGGAUUAUAGCACAGAAACACGGCUUCACACCAAUUCUUUGCUGGAAGCAUCAAAGGUGAAGCGUUAUGCAUAUUGCUGCAGUUUGGUAGAAAGCAAAGUUGGAGGGAAGGAAAAGGAAGAGAUUGAUGGAGUGUUUGUUGUUUGCUAGAGGGAGACUGGAAGAGUAAAGGAGAAAGGAAAUGUAGAGGAAGAGGAUUUAGGAGAUCCCUCUGUGCUCACCGAAUCAAUCCUUUCAAUCUUUGGAUAUAUUGAUGGAUGGAAGGAUCUCAACUGAAAAUUGUUAAAUUACUUCAUUUUUGUUAUUUUAUCAUUAGGGUAUAAUCAUAAGAUUCUAGUAACGAGUCUUUAGUGUUUCUAUUUGAAAAAUUGAAGCUUGUAAUGAGAUUACAUCUUGUAAACCAAACAGAUUUGGAUGAAUGAAAAGCAAGUAUAGUUGUAAGGUUUGUUGUCUUGAA